GUCAAACCUCGUUUGAAUCAUGAAGGCGAUGAAACGCGAUUAAACACCACCUUUAAUUCUUCAGUGUGCAGUUUGGAUUGAUUUAACUGUUGAACAUGAUUCACGCGCUCAUUCUGAUGCGCUUUUGUCUUUUGGGUGUGUUUGGUGAUACAGAGGAAGUGAAGAUAUCAGUGAUGGAGGGAGAGUCUGUUACUCUACACACUGAUCUCACUCACAUACAGACAGAUCUUGAGAUCGAGUGGAGGUUUGAAAAGAUCCGCAUCGCCAGAAUCAAGAGAUCAGUCAACAUUGAUCCCACAUAUGACAACGAGACUGAAAUAUUCAGAGAAAACCUAAAGAUGAACAAUCAGACUGGAGAUCUCACCAUCACACACAUCACAUCUCAACACUCUGGACUUUAUAAACUCAACAUUUUUACUGGAAAUAAACAGAAAGUCAAGAGUUUCAGUCUUACAGCUUAUGCUCCUCUGCCCACUCCUGUCAUCACCAGCGACGUGUCGCACUGUUCAAGCUCAAAAUGUGUGUUGUUGUGUUCAGUGAUGAAUGUGAGAGACGUAACGCUCUCCUGGCAUAACGGAAGCCGCACACACUCCAGCAUCAAUGUGUCUGAACAGAAGAGCAUCUCUCUUCCUCUGGAGGUGGAAUAUCAGGACACAAACACAUACAGUUGUGUCAUCAACAAUCCCAUCAGCAACCAGACCAAACCUUUCUGUCUCGCUGAUCUGUGUCGGCCGUGUUCAGACGUCACUCACAGUUGUGGUACUGUUGAAGCUUCGAUGCGAUUGGUCGUCACUGCUGUGAUGGGCGUGGCCGCUGUGGCUGCUGUGAUUGUUCUGAGUUAUGACAUCAGAUCCAGACGAGAUGAACUGAAGAGAAAAUCACACACAUCACCAACAACAACAUCAAUCGAGGAAUGACGUUAUAUGACAACAUUACACAUUUAUUAAUGAUUUUUUUUUGUUUAUUGAUGUUCAUUUUAGUUCUUAUUUCAGAAAUGGCAAUUCUCACAUCACCAAAAUGCAAAAUAAAAAAUGCAGCUUUAAAUGUUAGUAAGAGUAGACCAGUUAAACUCCAUCCCUAUAAAGCAUGCAGUGUUGUUUAAUGAAGUGACCCACGGGUACCGAUCAGGGCUCGAGCAGUCACGGAAAUGCACGAGAUGAGAUACGACAGACUGAACAGAUCGACCGGCGUCUGUCAAGUACCGCGAGAUCAGACCGCUCCGUAUGGCCUCGAAUGGCACCCGCGAUACUUUGACGUCAUACACCUAUCGAUUUGCGCAGCGCCGUAUAAGGUCGAAGGAACCACGCUGAAGGAUUUCUUCUCGUUGAUUUCCGUACCUCUUCGGACAUUUC